AUGGAGCUGCCGGUGGAAUGCGCAAAGCUGCUGGUGGUGGUGGACGUCUCUGCCCUGACGCGCGGCGUGCGUCUGCUCAGUGUGGAGGUGCCGCUGACAGCGGUGCCGGCCGGACCGGCUGCCUCUCCGGCGGCCGACAUUGAGCGCGGCACGUGUCCGCCGCCGUUCGGGCCGCUGCAGCUGCUGCAGUCGGCGGCGCAGCUGUCCGUCUCCGUGUCGCUGGCCGUGCCGCUGGACCUGCUGCCGCGGCCGGCGCCGGCGCGCUGCGCCUACGGCCGCCUGCUGGCCGUCGUCUCGCAGCGCGGCCUGCAGCGCAGCGGCGUGCUGCAGCUCAUCCAGCAGCUCAACGAGCCGCCCAGCCCGGCGGCGGCCGAGGGCGCCGCGCCGCGCCGGCCCGGCGACGUCAGCACACCUGGCAUCAGCGGCUUCUGCCUGGCCGACCGUCAGCUGCACCUGCUGUUCGCCGAGGGGCGCGCCGACGCCGAGCUGGAACAGACGGCGGCCGCGCCGCGCGCUCUGCCGCGCCGCGACGCUCGACUCUGCCACCACUCGGGCCUACUGUUACGCCGUCCGCGCCAUCAGAGAGUGCUUCCGCACGCAGUGGCUGUCGGAAAAUGAACCUGCUUCCCAACGAGGCCGGCCUGCAACAACUGCUGGCCGGCUGUUGGCCGAAAAAAAACGCCUUCAACCGGAUGUCAGUUGUCAAAUCAACGCGUAUUAAUGCAUUCAAUAGGAUGGGUUUACGUAAAGCUGUAGAAUUGCAAAUAUAUAAUGGCACUGUUUUUGAUCCGUUCGGUAUGCAUUGGUAUCAUAUGAUCUCUCAUUCACAGACGAUCAGCUGCGAAGACCCAGAUCCGUAGUAGAGGGCUCAUCGAGUCCGGGUCCAGCUCCCCGUACUUCCUCCACUUUGGAAACACCGCAGCGCAGAUCACAGUUAUACAUAAUAUUUAGUUUUCAUUCACUUCAUAACCGAAGGUUGUUUGAUAGGUGAUAUGCUGCUUGAGUUGCACCCCGGUAUAUCAAUACGAAGCUUCCGUCCCUGCCACAUACCAGUGAAGGAGGCGGCGGCGGCGGCGGCCGGGGCCGGGCUGCCCUGCCCACCGACACAGUCUGUGAAAUGCCCCAACAACCUUUAAAAUUCAACAGGCUUCAUAAAUGUUUUUUUGCACCAUAUUUUCUCGCGUAUAUGAAAGCUCUAAAAUGUACAAUAUUCCUUUCAGCCACAAGCGAUAUAAAAGCUCUACAAAACGUCAUGUCUCUGUGUGCAAGAAAGACACAUAUAUUGUGUAUAAUCGAGCGUACAUGAUCUGCAGCGCUGCGGAGGGCUGCUCGGUUGCCGCUUUUUACCAGUCGGCUCUAGGUCGGACAUAUGGGUAAACAAAAUGGAAUAGUAAUAUUAAACAAUGCUACCUGCUGAUGCUACUGGGCCUCUCAUUGGUGAAGAACUGGCAGCCAGCCAGCGUGUUUUUGUGAGAACUGUUUUAACAGCAGCAACCGAACGGCUCUCGGGCCAGCGACCAGUGAGCGUAGACAGCACAGCGCUCCGUUAGGCAUCGGCGGGCAAGCACGCAUUAGCUGUGGACGGACCGGCCGCCC